UCCGCAAGUCUGGACGUCCCGCUCCCGAGGGCUUUGACCUCCGCCGAUUGCUCUACCUGCAUUGCUGCUUGUACCGUUAGCGCAUAGGGGUAUUUCAAGCUGCAGCGCGCCAUCUGUGGAUGCCAACCAAGGGCGCAGGCGACGCAGACAUGCACGAAGACGACGUUGACUUGUGCGACGGCGAGCUGGUGGUGGACGGCGAGGAGGAGGACAUCAACUUCGUGGAUGACGGAAGCAAGCUAGACGCGGAAACGCAACGCUUUGACCGGAUUGUUGGGGCGCUUGAAGAGGUGCUGCUUGACGAGGAGUUUGAGGAGCUCAGGGAGAGCUUCUGCCGCGAAAACUGCCAGCAUUUCGAGGAUUCGGAUGAGAACAAGCUCAUCUACACAGACAUCUUCAGCAAAUACACCAGCCUGGUUGAGAGCACGAUAGACCAGAGGCUGAAGCAGGCUGUGCCGGGAUUCAGCAUGCAGGAGUUCAUGGGGCUGCUGGAGAGCCACAAAGACAGCCUAAUGUCGGAUGUCUUUGACCUCUUGCUAUCUCUAGCGGACUUUGAGGCGUUUAAGGAGGUGAUGCUGAGCUACAAGCGCGACCUGGCGGACGGGCCCGGCUUCGCAAUCAACUGCACGCCACUGCGGCUGCACACAGAGGAGCAGGAGGACGGUGAGGCGCGGCCGGACCUGGACCUCAGCCUGCAGGUCAGUCCAAUUUCGCCCAUUGGCGGCAGCGGGCCCAAGGCGGGCGCUGGGCUGCGGUGAGGAGCGGGCGGGCGGCAGCACGCGAGGGAGGCAACAGGAGAAUGAGGCAGCAGCCGGAGGGGGAGGAGGGGGAGGAGGAGGAGGAGGAGGGGGAGGAGGAGGAGGGGGAAGUGGAGGGAGGGGAGGGGAGGGGAGGGGAGGGGAGGGGAGAAGGAGGGGCAGUCGGCGGCCGUGGGGGAGCGGCGGUGCGAGAAGGGGAGAGGAGGGUGGGGCGGCACGUUGGCAGCCGCAAACGCCUGGUAUUGUGCUGGGCGCGCCACUUGCUGCUGGCGCGCAACCUCCUGAAGCCUUGAGACUGAGACUGAGAGGAUGGGAGGGCAGCCCUGUGGAGGCGGCGGCAAAAGGGAAGGCGACUGCGGUGUGAAGGCGGGGAGAGCGCGCGCAUACAGCUAUGACGGGGGUGUGGUGGGGGUGGGGUGACCUGGAUAGGGGGAGGCGCGCGCAGUGGCUUGAGGCGUGUUUAUUAGCUGUCGGCUGCGUGCGUGAGUGGGCGCCUGCGUGCGUGUUUGGAAGCCUGAGUGCGCGAAUGCGCGCAGAUUGCGGACUGCGGAGGGAGUUAUGGUGAUUCAUAAACGAGAUCGAUCAAUUUCAGUUUGGGGCCUCAGUUGAUUGAAGCCGGCAUGACGAAGUCAAGUAGGGGCGAACGACACUGUGGACCCAAGACGACAACACGCAUUCUUGGCGAUCUGACUCUUUGGACUGGCAUUGGCGACGGGCGCCUCAAACUACCAGACAUGGAGGUUAAGACAAAUUUUUUGAAUUAGCGUAGCAACACUGCUUGCGCUGACACCUAUUACCUGCGUGAGAUACUUGACACACGUGUGUUUGUAUGUGUCGGUAUGGGGCCUGUGGCGGUGGGGGCUGUGGGGGCUUGGUUUUAACGGUUCCAUUGCGGCAGCAGGUAUGUGAGGAGCGCACUGACGCAGGCGGGGGAGGUGCUUGGCAGCGAGCGGCCAGUAGUGCAGAACGGCCCUGCCAUGUAGAGCUUGCGCUUUGCUUGCGCUUUGCUUGAGCUUUGCUUGCGCUUUGCUUGCGCUUUGCUUGAGACGGUGUGACUGUUGAAGAGUGGGUGCGGCAGCAGACCGGUGGCAAUGGUGGAGGUGUGUGAAUACCGGUACGCUGAGACACACUGCGGGACUAUGCCCACCAAGUGCCCCUGACCUGUCCCGUCACACGCGUGUCACGCAUCCCGGCGUGCCAACCACCUUUCCCUCCCUUUCCCCCUCGGCCCCUGCCCCUCCUGCGCUCCCCCAAAGGUGGACAUCCCCCCCAUACACGCACACACACGUCUUGCACCGACCGAAUGAGUUGUAACCAUUAAUCAUU